AUGCUACUAUGGCAUUCAAAUUCAAGAAUACUACUAUCUGUUUGUUUAAUUCUUUCAAUUGCCUUAGGACACAUAAGUGACAGCCUGUUGUCAAUUGAUGUAGUGGCCCCAUGGAGAAAAAUAGAUUUCAUUGCAAGUAUAAUUGAAAGUGUAUCAGGUUAUGAUGAAUCAUUGUAUCUUCCCACCAUACAUUUACUAUUUCAACAAGAUGAUAUAGAGUUAGAUUUUUCACUGGAUGAAGAUGUAUAUAAAGCAGUCAUCAACAAUCUUGGUCUAGAUGCUUCAUCAAAGGAUUUUAUAAAUUUCAACUUAGUGAAUAAAGUAUAUAACCCAAGGAUUGUAUCUCAUUACGAACAUUACGAAACCACAUUAAGUAGGCUUGGUUUGAAUAAAAUAUGUUCAAAGGAUUCGUUUGGUGAUAAAGUCGAAACAAAGAAUGGCUUGAUUCCAAGUUGGGUUUCAUACAAUAAUAAAGUUUAUUGUUCCGUCAAUGAUUUAUUUGCUUUGCAAACUGAUAAAACCACUGAUACCAUUAGUCCCUUUGACAGAAUCAUUGGAAAUAACUCAAAUGCACCAAUUUUGAUAUUAUAUGGUGACCCAACAGCGGACCAAACAAGAGAAUUUUUGAGACUACUAAUACAAGAGGCUGAUAGUGGUAAGAUAAGGUUUGUUUGGAGAUAUAUACCUUCUGGCAGCAAAAUUCAUGACUCCUUAUCUGGUUAUGCAGUGGAUAUGACAUUGAAAAAUUCGACGACCAAAAAUAAGUUGAUUCAGAAUGUAAACUUGCGCCAAGAGUUUCAAUCCAUACGGGAAUCAACCGAUCUAUAUACUAUUGGAGAUAAAUUCAAUGAUCUAGGGCUUAAAUUAGUUGCAUUCCUAUUUUCUGGAAGUAUCAAAAUCACUAAAUAUGACUUCUUGAAAACAAUAGUUAAUGAUUUACCCAAAUUUGCACCAUAUAUAAAUAAUCUUUCUGACCAAUUCAAUUUUCAUAGAGUCAAAUCUAAAGUGAUCAGCAAUGAGCAAGUAGGUUUAUCAGAAGACUCAAUUGGGAUAUAUAUAAAUGGAUCACCGAUAAACCUUUUAGAGUUAGACAUAUUUGAACUUAAUAAUAAAGUUCGUGAAGAGUUAAAAACUAUUAAGCGUUUAGUCAAAUUGGGGUUCGAUACUGUGCAGUCAAAGAUUUUAAUUUCAAAGUUUGCGUUACUAUCGGCAGUAAAACAGAAUCAGUUCAGAAAUGGGAAUACAAUAAUGGGUAAUAAUGAUAACAGAUUCAAAGUUUAUGCAGAGGAAUUCAAAAAAAAUUCAUUUCACAAAGGAGGUGUAUUAUUUGCAAAUGAUAUUGAAUUGAAUGAAAACUAUCAAACUUAUUCAACCGAUCGUCAAAAUUUAUAUUUAGGAGCUGAUUCACACAAGUUAAAGUCAAACCAAAUUCCACCAUUAAGAGAGAAUGUGCAUGAUUUAAUAUUUGCUAUUAAUUUAGGAGAUAAACAACAAUUGAAAGCUUUUUUCACUUUUUCAAAGUUGAUAUUGGAUACGGGUAUUCCACAACAAGUUGGGAUUUUACCACUCAUAGGUGAUGAUCCUUUAGAUUUUGAAAUUGCAAACAGGUUAUACAACGUAGCAGCAUUGCUGGAUACAAAAGAAGCUUUGGCUUUGAUUUACAAGUAUAUGGAAACAAAAACUCCAGAUGAGACUGAAGAAUUGUUGAAUAAGAUCGAUGCUUCCACUAAAAUAGAAGCUUCAAGAUUAAAAGAAGUUGCGGAUAAAUUCUCAAUCGAUCGACCAUCAGUUAUUGUCAAUGGUGUCAUUCAUGAUCUUUCCUCAUCAAACUGGCAAUUAUCAAUGAGUAAUCAAAUCGCACAAGAUAUUUCUUUAAUAAAAACUUAUUUGAGAUUGGGCCCUGUUGAAGGCAAGUUGAAAGACACAAUACUUUACAAAAAUGCGAAGAGCGAGCGCAAUUUACAAGUUGUUCCAUUAGAUCCAGCUGACAUCAUUUAUAAAUCAGUAAACCAGAAUUUAAUGAAUAUGACUAUAGCAUUCAAAAAAAUUGAUAAGUCUUUGGAAUCUCUGGCUCAAUUUUGGUUAGUAUCUAAUUUUUCUGAUGAAAACAACUUUGAACAGUUAAUUAAUCUUUUGGAAUUUAUUAAAAAACACCCGGCACUGAUCAGAGUGUUGAAUACUGGUAACACUCAUCAUUUCGAAAAAUUGGAGAGACUUUUUAAACUAAACACAUUAACAAACACCGAUAUUGAUAAAAUUAUUAGCAGUCUAAAAGAGCCAACUUUAUCUAUACUGAAGAAAGAUUCGGUGGUUCAAAUAUUAGAAAAGAAUCAAUUACCCGCACAUCAUUCAUUCCUUUUGGUGAACUCAAGAUAUGUGAGGCUAGAGCCAUCAAUCUUGAAUUUGAAAGAAAUAGAUCAACUUUUUAAUUAUGAAAUUAAUGAACGGCUAACUUUAAUUAAAAACAUUGUUGAUACCUAUCCGGAUGAAUUUGAUAAAAAUUUAGCUGAAUAUUACAGUAUAAGGUCAGGUUUAGACAUAUUGGAUUGGUUUGACUUAUUGACUAGUGUUAUCACAAAAUCAUUUUACACCGAUGAGAAAUUAUAUUUGGCUGAUGUAAAUAGAUACGAUUUUGAAUCACUCGAUUUUUCAAAUCUGAUUGAUAUAAAAAAACACAAUUCAUCAAAUCCGAUAGAUGUAUUACUUAUCAUUGACCCAUUAUUGGAACGCUCACAAAAAUUGAUCAAUAUUGUUAACUCCAUAAAAGACUACUCAUUUAUAAACAUCAGGAUCUUACUACAACCUAAAACUGAAUACAAUCAGGAAGAGAUUCCCAAAAGAUUUUAUCGUGGACAGUAUCCAGACUCAACCCCAAUUUUUGACACAAAUGGGAAAUGGAAUCAAACAUAUAAAAUCAAGUUCGAUCACUUACCCACCCUGCGGUAUUCAUUAAAGGUAAAUGAGCCUAACAAUUGGGUUGUGAGUGAGAAAUAUAGUACAAAACAAUUAGAUUUGAGUGACUUUUAUUGGAAAGGAGGAGAAACAUUAAUUUCAUACGAAUUAUCCGAUUUAAUUGUGGAGGGAUAUGCGAGAGAUAUAAAAUCUGGAAAAACACCACUGAAUCUACAACUUAAACUUUCAAAUGAUAAUUACUCAGGUGAUACCAGAGUGAUGUCUGCACUAAAUUAUUUUCAAUUGAGGGCAAAACCGGGUAUAUAUUCAUUGAGAACAGUUUCUGAUCACGCUUUAUUAUCAGCUUCGACAAACAGGUUUGAAUCAAACACAGCGAAAUUAGAAGAUGCAACGAUACCAAUUUUUUCGUUGAAUAGGCUCACCCUAAAUGCUCGAGUCACUAGUGAGGAACCAUCUCAUGCUGCAAAUCAAAAGGCAAAAUAUGCUGAUAUUAAUAUAUUCACAAUUGCAGGUGGUCAACAAUAUGAAAAACUUGCGAGCAUAAUGAUUGCUUCAGUGAGGAAACAUAACCCAAAGAAUCUGAUAAAGUUUUGGAUAUUAGAUAAUUUUAUUUCGUCUCAAUUUAGAUCAUUAAUCCCAUUUUUGUCAGAUUUUUAUAACGUGGAGAUUGAAUUAAUUAAAUAUAAAUGGCCAAAUUUUUUACGAAAGCAAACAACUAGACAAAGAGAAAUUUGGGGGUAUAAAAUUUUAUUUUUAGAUGUUUUGUUUCCACAGGAUCUUGAUAGAAUUAUAUUCAUUGACGCCGAUCAAAUAUGCCGUACAGAAUUAACUCCUUUGGUUGAUAUGGAUUUGGAAAGGGCUCCAUAUGCAUUUACUCCUAUGUGUGAAACAAAUGAGGAUACUAAAAACUUUAGAUUUUGGAAAGAAGGUUAUUGGUCAGAGGUUUUGAAAGAAGACUUGAAGUAUCAUAUUAGUGCAUUAUUUGUAGUUGAUUUACAAAAAUUCAAAUCCAUGAAUGCUGGUGAUCGUUUGAGGAGUCAUUAUCAGAGAUUAUCUAGCGAUGCUAAUUCCUUGAGUAAUUUGGAUCAAGAUUUACCAAAUAAUUUGCAAAGGUCAAUUAAAAUUAAAAGUUUAGAUCAAGAUUGGUUGUGGUGUGAAACUUGGUGUUCCCAUGAUACUUUGAAAGAUGCUAAAAUGAUUGACUUAUGCAAUAAUCCAUUGACAUUUGAAAAUAAAAUUGACACAGCUAAAAGACUAAUACCUGAAUGGGUUGAUUAUGAAGCGGAGGUAAAUCAAUUACUUGAUAGAAUUGAUGAUAAUCCAAAGGAAGUUGUACUUGAAGAAGACACACUCGAUGAAUUGAAUUUCCAGGCAGACGAUACCGAUGAAGAUGCAUUUGAUUACCAUGAUGAAUUGUAA